AUGCCCAAUAAUAGAUCACGUCUGAAACGUCCACGCCAACCCCACAAGGACAAUUCGAUUCUAGGAGGGUCAACCAGCGCGUCGCAGCCGCAGCCGCAGCCGCAGCCGCAACCACGCUAUGACAUUGUCGAAAACUGGCUAGAGCAGACAGAGAGGCCAGAUCCUCACCCCUGGCCUAGUACGUCACAAGGACAUCGAAAAGAAAUCCCAGGCAAUAGUUUCCCGUAUAGACCACUUGAUGCGACGUCCCCAUACAAUAAACGCCCUAGGCGUGUAGAUCCGAGAUGGAGUCCUCGUCACGACUUUCCUAGUCAUUAUAUGCACCAAUCAGGCUCUCCGUUUGAGACUUCGGGUCCAAAGGAUUCGAGAAAGUCUACGCGAAGGCGGACGGCCCCUAGUGAUAGUUCGCUUAUCAGUGGUUUUGAGAAUACUACGAAGCCUCCUAGCUAUACCCCUGGCUCCGUUCAAGGGGAUCAUGUGGAUACUCUAACUGCCAGAGCCCCGAGAGAUGCGGAUUUAGUGCAUCUCGAUGCUUCGUCGACCAUUUCUCAUGCAGACGAAGGGCCCAACUUUGAGAAAAGACCCAGAAGAAAGACUAGGGAAGACAAAUAUGAAACGAAGAAAAGAAAACGAAAUCACGAAGAGGGAAGUGCCGUAGAUCAUAGCAAUCACCGGAGUAAAAAGCGCAAGAAAGUCGACAAGAGAAAAUCUAUGGCAUCUAGCAAAAAUGUGGUGAAUAAUUUCACUUCUAAUGCUGUUCUUAAUGACCGUAUUACGGUCCAACCACAUCUAAAGCCUGGUCUAUUUGACAAUGGAAGGACAUCGAAAAAACAGCCAAUAUCUGAUUUAACCUUCUCUGACAUGCAGUUUCUAAAGCACCAGAGUAGUAACAUUCAACCAAAAGUAUUAUCCAAGUCCCGCGUGAGGGACAAACGACGAGAGGAUCGAGAAAUGGAGGAAGUAUCUUCCUUUUUCCUACCACACAAAACCGAUAGAGAUACUCCCGGGUUAAGGCCUCAUAAGCCGGAUACUAGUAGAAAGUAUCGGGAAAUAGGACAUCACUUUGAACAGCUCACAUCCACCCGUUGUAGAAACCCUCCUGGGUCGUUGUCUCCAAGUCGUCAUGGAUAUGCUAAGCAUAACCACAUAUCCCGAGCCCACGAUGAGACCGUCAAUCCUAUCAGACCAGAUUCCCUCAGAUCAAUUCCAGAUGAAAAAGACGCAGGCAGAGAUACGACAUAUUUAACAUGGUCCAGUAGUCGCCACUCGCCGCGUAUUAAUGAAAGGGACAAUCAUUCGAGCCCAAAUGUGUCAGGUUCGAUCCGAACAACUAUUCCAGAAUCAAUGAGAGUAGAUCUAAUAACGACAGGGGUAUACGACAAUACUAGAAUGUCCUCAUACGACGGUCAUUCAACUGAGUCGAGUACAGCAAGAAAGACAAUCGAGACGGAAGCAUGUAACGUUCGCCACAUGGAAUCGGAGGACGCCCAUCACAAUAUACAUCAAGGUUCCAAUGGAUCUCGCAAGGUCAGGUAUCGAGAUCAAGCUAUAAUGACCGAAGAUCCCCCUAAAUUCUCAGAGUCGGCAGAAACCGUCCAAAUAACAGAAGAUCGCCAUGCGUCUAGGUCUCAAGGAGAGGCAAAUCUGCACAUACCACACAUCUCUAAUGAUAUUGACCGUCAGCAAAUUGUUAGAGAAAUUCGUCUAACUCCUAUUGAAAGGGGUAGUUCAAGGCAACAUGUUGGGAUUCCGCGUAGCUUAGAUGGCAAGCCUGUCACUAUUCACCAAAUCCCCGAGACGACGGCUAUACACGUAGAUCAAAGCCUAGAGAGACAGAAACAGCAGGCGAGCGACGAAGCAUCUGUAGCUUCUAGGGAUGCAAUGCCUCCCCCACCUAUGCCGUAUAGUAGAAACGCCUCCCUCGCCGUACCCCGCGCCGACGUGGAAUUUAAUGCACCGGGACAGAACACGACUCCAGCCAAUUUGGAAUUUUCACAAGUUCCUCAUGUGAUGGAUCAUGAUAAAGAUAUACAAGACUCCCAGGAAUCCCUCGAAAGUUGUAGCCAGGCUUUGUUGUAUGAGUCGGUCGCCAAUAAUGGACGUACCCUGUUAACUUCCAAUAGCGUUCCCUGGAUACCUCAAAAAAGGCUAUUAGCCCCUAUAGUAGGAGAGGGAGCUACCUUAUUACGACCAAGCACAAAUCCACCUACCUAUGUAAAUCAAGACGAAGGAAGGUUAAGUAGAGGCUCGUACCAAAGAGAUUUUACGGGAUCACAGGAACUUGAGACUAUGGCCGAAUUUAUCGCCAGAAUAGAGAACGAGUCACAGUGGCAACUCCCUUCCCGCGGUUAUGAUAUUCUAGGAUUAGAGGAGACAGCGCUAGACCCAUCUUCGCUCGAUACGGGACUAUCCCACGAGCAGCCCAUAGUUUACAAUACGGAAAAGGAGACACCUCUCAACUUAUCUCCUAAUUUCGAUCCUGAUUAUUUUGAUCUAAGAAGGCCAAGGACAACUAAACUAUGCGAAGAGGGUUUAGAUAUUGAGGCGCCGUAUACCCAGCACAGGAUUGGUACUCCUAAGAUUUUACCUGGUAUCACACAACCGUUGGAAGAAUUUGAGGAGGAGAGUUUUGAAAUGUCAAGCUUCUGGCGUCCAAAUCAGUUCUCUCGAUUCUGA